AUGACACAGCCGAUCGUCGAAAUAAAUGCCGGGGAUGCCACCAGAGGUUUCAAAACAGCAUUGGCAGUGGAGGUACCUUUGGUGGUCUUGGCUUUGAGCACCGUCAUCCUGAGAGUGUACUCAAGACUAGCGAUUAAGAGGAAGAUCGCACCUGAUGAUGUUCUAAUUAUGUUGGGCACGGCAGCGGCUGUCGCACGUACCGUGAUAUCUUGUAUGAGUGCGGACGACAAUUGGGGCUACGACCGAAAAGGUCCCGAUAAAACAUCAGAAAUCCCAUUUUAUCAACACAUCUUCGAGCGCCGUGUUGCGUACAUCUUCGCUGUCACGUUCACACGGUUCUCGGUUUUGGCUUACUACCUUCGGAUCUUCCCACUGGGAAUGGCAUCGCUCCGAACAUGCUGUUACGUUCUUCUCUUCCUGGCGCUUGCGCAUUUCAUCGAAGUACUCACCGUCCUUAUAGUCUUAUGCGAAGACAUUAGCAAGCUAUGGACCAGGAACUGGCUCGACUUCACUGGAUCACAGUGCUUCAGCUCCGCGAUAUAUAGCUACUCUGCAGCCAUUGGUGAUAGUAUAGUUGAUAGCUUGAUCUUCGCACUCCCGAUUCCUUACGUGUGGCAGCUCUCCAAACUAAGGAUCCGACAACGGCUUGGCCUCGUACUCAUCUUCGGUCUGGGAUUUGUCGUUUGUAUUGUCGCCCUUCUCCAGAUUCCAUUCAUCAAGCGUCGUGAAGGCAAUAUGCGGUAUUUUGGCAGCGCUGUCAACAUUUUGGUUGCCAUUCAAAUUUCAUUUGCCAUAAUCGCAGCGUCGCUGCCAGAUCUGCGCGCGUUGAUUGCACGCAGCUUCUCGAAAUUCUCGCCACUUCACCACCGCAGUCUCGCCACAGUUUCUAGCAGUGAUGGAGAAAGACACCGAGGUGGUCGGAGUGACGUCGAGCAAGGAUUUCCAAAUCCGGACGCAGCUGAAGGCCUUUGUGCAGCGUCUGAGAGCAAGAAGCUGUUCAGAAAACCAGAUUGGCUGAGGAAUAGCAUACCGGGGAGUUUGAUGUCGACGGUGAUUACACACAACGAGGUUAACAGACUCUCAACUGAGGACGUUUCGAGUCUCCCUCAGAGGCCAGAGAAAGCAGCAAACUGA